AUGGCAAAACCUCAUAACGUUUCAGUCGUGACAGGCAAUUCAAGAGUAAUAGAAGAAGAAUCCAAACACCGCUUUUCCUACAGCGCCACCAAAGUUAUCGGAAAUGGUAGCUUUGGUGUCGUUUACCAAGCAUCUGUGAACGAGACAGGUGAGACAGUUGCAAUUAAAAAAGUCUUCCAAGACAAAAGGUACAAAAACCGUGAGCUCGCCAUAAUGAAAGAACUGACCCAUCCAAAUAUCAUCGGACUGAGGCACUACUUUUACACGAAGGGCGAAAAAGAAGAAGAAGUCUACUUAAAUGUAGUAAUGGACUACAUCCCUGAUACCAUUUACAAAGUAAUGAAAACAUAUACUAAGACUGGCCAACAAGUUCCUCUGAUCCUUGUGAAACUCUACUCAUACCAAAUUUUGAGAGCCUUGGCCCACACCCACGCAGUCGGAAUUUGCCAUAGAGACGUGAAGCCUCAAAACAUGCUGGUAAACCCUACAACCCACGUUUUGAAGCUCUGUGAUUUUGGCAGCGCAAAAAGACUGAUUCCAGGAGAGCAAAAUGUUUCUUAUAUUUGCUCAAGGUAUUAUAGAGCCCCUGAGCUUAUUUUUGGAGCUGUUGAAUAUAAAGAAUCAAUCGAUAUUUGAAGUGCUGGAUGCGUAACAGCUGAGUUAUUGAUUGGAAAGCCUGUAUUCCCAGGAGAAAGCGGCGUGGAUCAAUUAGUUGAAAUUCUGAAGGUCCUUGGAACACCUUCAAGAGAGCAGAUCCACGAUAUGAACCCAAACUAUAGAGAAUUUAAGUUUCCCCAUGUCCGAGCACACCCUUGGAGUAGAGUUUUUGGGCCUGAUGUGCCUCAAGAAGCCAAGGAUUUUGUGAGUUCUGUAUUAGUAUAUUCACCACAGAGAAGACCACAUGCACUAGAAGCGCUGCUGCAUCCUUUCUUUGAGGAGCUGAGACAAGAGUCGACAAGACUUCCAGAUGGAGCGCCACUACCAGAUCUUUUUAUGCUUUUUUGCCUUGAGUGGCGCGGUACGGGCGCCACUUCGGCAAGCUCCUUCUUCCAGUUGGCCGAGCCAACUCAGGUUGGUUCGGCCAACUAGAAUUGACAAGUCUCCCCAAAAAGCCUCACUUGUCAAUUCUCCAGUUGGUCGAACCAACCUGAGUUGGCUCGGCCAACUGGAAGAAGGAGCUUGCCGAAGUGGCGCCCAUACCGCGCCACUCAAAGCAAAAAGCUAUAACUGGACUCCACAAGAGUUGCGGUCUGUGAGUCCUAACGUAAUUCAAAACUUGACACCUGCAUGGUAUCGAAGAUAA